GUUUGGGAAGGAAUCAGCCCACUCCACAGCCACUGACCAAUAAGGGAAUUGCCGUGUUGGCAGAGGGCUUAGGGCUGAUAAAUUCCACGGGUCUCAGAUAACACCUUCUGGAGACAACUCCCCUAAUCACCGGCUUAAAAGCAGUGAGGUGGGGGAGCAGGGCACACUCCUGCCUCGGGAUCAGGAACCUGUGAGUGCAGCUUGGUUUUCCAAGGUCCUUGGUUUUCCUCGCCAUGGCCAGUUACAGCUUCAGGCAAACCAGCUCUUCUGUGGUGGGGGGCCCUGUCGGCUCCUCGCUGCGGUUCGGCGGCAGCUUCAGGGCCCCCAGCAUCCACGGGGGCUCCGGGGGCAGGGGCGUGUCCGUGUCCUCGGCCAGGUUUGUCUCCUCGGGCCUGGGAAGCGGCCUGGGGGGAGGCUACGGAGGCAGCUUUAGCAGCAGCUUCAGCUAUGGGGGCGGCGACGGGCUCCUCUCAGGAAACGAAAAGGCGACCAUGCAAGGCCUGAACGACCGCCUGGCGUCCUACCUGGAGAAGGUGCGCGCCCUGGAGGACUCCAACGCUGACCUCGAAACUAAAAUCCGAACCUGGUACCAAAAACAAGGGCCAAGCCCAACUCGGGACUACAGCUCUUAUUUCAAGACUAUUGAGGACCUUCGAGACAAGAUCCUUGAUGCCACCAUCGACAAUGCCAGGAUUGUGCUGCAGAUUGACAACGCCAGGCUGGCUGCUGAUGACUUCAAAACCAAGUUUGAAACCGAGCAGGGGCUUCGCCAGAGCGUGGAGGCCGACAUCAACGGCCUGCGCCGCGUCCUGGACGAGCUGACCCUGGCCAGAGCCGACCUGGAGCUGCAGAUCGAGAACCUGAAGGAGGAGCUGGCUUAUCUGAGGAAGAACCACGAGGAGGAGAUGAGUGCCCUGAGAGGACAAGUAGCCGGCCAGGUCAGUGUUGAACUGGACUCUGCUCCAGGCAUUGACCUGUCCAAGAUCCUGGCGGAUAUGAGAGACCAGUAUGAACAAAUGGCUGAAAAGAACAGGAAGGAUGCUGAGGCCUGGUUCCACAGCAAGACCGAGGAGCUGAACCGGGAGGUGGCCAUUAACACCGAACAACUGCAGAGCAGCAAGUCUGAGGUCACUGACCUGAGGCGCAGCCUGCAAGGGCUGGAGAUCGAGCUGCAGUCCCAGCUCAGCAUGAAAGCGGCGCUGGAAAGCACCUUGGCCGACACGGAAGCGCGUUACGGGGCGCAGCUGGCGCAGAUCCAGGGGCUGGUUGGCAGCAUGGAGGCACAGCUGGCAGAGCUCCGAGCUGAGAUGGAGCGCCAGAACACCGAGUACAAGAUCCUCAUGGAUAUCAAGACUCGGCUGGAGCAAGAGAUCGCCACUUACAGACAGCUGCUGGAAGGCCAGGAGUCCCAGAUGUUUGGCUCCCUUUCAGGAACUCCUGACAAAAGGGACAAGCGGGGAGAGGGGAAACAGCAGUGAGGAUCCUCCAAAGGUCAUCUGCAAAGUGAGAAAAGAGACAGCACACGGGGAUUGAGACGGAGAGGAAUCACUCUGAACCGCUGGAAACGACUUUUAAAGCACAGAAAGUUCUUGGGCACACAAAGUUUCGGCAGCUACACUCACCAAAUGGUGAUUCAGUUGCAAAUAGAGUCAGCUUUGCAAUUAUUUCUAGGUCUUGCAUGUACUGAAUUGCUGCAU